ACAAAAGAAUGUAAUAAAAUUUUGUUCCAGAUAAGAUUCACCUCCCAAAUCCCACCUUCGGCAUCUAGUUCGCCUCUCCCUCUUUUGACCUUGUCCAUUUUUUUGGGGUUUUAAAUUAAGGAAAAUUGUCGUAUUUCAUCUCAUCUCAAAGAGUAUAACAACGGAGAUUUGAUUAUUUGGGUUUCACAAAUUAAGCAAAUUAACAUCACCUGAUCUUUCUACUGGCCAAUUUGGCGUAUUACAGUGAUUUGGUCGUUGAAUUGUGAUUAGGAUGAUAAUGGCUUCAACCACAGCUUUGAAUUCAGGCUGUAAUGUAGGAGGAGUUGUUGUGAAUCGCAAUCCCUUAUUUUUGAGGCCAUCAUCGUCGACGUUAGUCAAACAGAGUUGGAGAAGAAGUCCGAAGCUCAGGUUUACAGUCAGAGCGAGUGAAACUCAUGCUGAUGGGCCUACGAAGAAAUUGGGAUUGUCUGACGCUGAAUGUGAAGCAGCUGUAGUAGCCGGAAAUGUGCCGGAGGCGCCCCCAAUCCCAUCUAAGCCUGCCGCCCCUUCUGGCUCUCCCGUGGUGCCCUCACUUCCACUAAGUCGACGUCCUCGUCGAAAUCGUAAAUCACCAGCAUUGCGGGCUGCCUUCCAGGAAACGACUUUAUCUCCUGCAAACUUUGUGUAUCCACUUUUCAUUCAUGAAGGUGAAGAGGACACACCAAUUGGAGCGAUGCCUGGUUGUUACAGGCUUGGAUGGAGACAUGGUUUACUAGAAGAGGUCUCCAAAGCUCGAGAUGUUGGUGUCAACAGCAUUGUGCUGUUCCCUAAAGUUCCAGAUGCUCUGAAGUCCCCCACAGGAGAUGAAGCUUACAAUGAGAAUGGAUUAGUACCUCGUGCCAUUCGACUGCUCAAAGACAAAUAUCCAGAUCUUGUUAUCUACACAGAUGUUGCUUUAGACCCUUACUCUUCAGAUGGGCAUGAUGGCAUUGUGAGGGAAGAUGGAGUCAUAAUGAAUGAUGAAACUGUCCACCAGUUGUGUAAGCAAGCUAUUGCACAGGCCAGGGCAGGGGCUGAUGUUGUUAGUCCCAGUGAUAUGAUGGAUGGUCGGGUUGGAGCAAUUCGAGCAGCCCUUGACAGUGAAGGCUUCCAGCAUGUGUCCAUAAUGUCCUACACGGCCAAGUACGCAAGCUCAUUUUAUGGCCCUUUCAGAGAUGCAUUGGACUCAAAUCCCCGUUUUGGUGACAAGAAAACUUAUCAGAUGAACCCCGCAAACUAUAGGGAGGCUCUUAUUGAGACCAGUGAAGAUGAGGCUGAGGGAGCUGAUAUCCUUCUAGUGAAACCUGGUUUACCUUAUUUAGAUAUUAUACGGCUUCUUCGUGACAAUUCUUCUUUGCCAAUUGCUGCUUAUCAGGUUUCAGGAGAAUACUCUAUGAUCAAAGCUGGUGGCGUUCUUAAAAUGAUUGACGAGGAAAGAGUGAUGUUAGAAUCUUUGAUGUGUCUUCGACGAGCAGGUGCUGACAUCAUCCUUACUUAUUUUGCUCUACAAGCUGCUAGAUGCCUGUGCGACGAGAACAGAUAAUAGCAAUUGGGAAACAAGAAAUUGCUUUUAUGCAUAGGUGUUUGUUUCAUGUGUAGAGUAAGUUGGGAAGGGACUGUUUGUUUCAUGCAUAGGUGUCGUACACGUCCACUUCGGCGGUUAAUAUUGUCUUGCGUUUAACAAGAAAAAGGAAAGAAAAUUUGCGCUGAUGAAAAUUUGACCUCAAGACUGAUUGCUGUUCGUCCGCCUUGAGGGACCUCAAGGACUUAAAUUCAUGCCAAAAGCAACCAAUAAAAGAGGAAACAAUGGCAUUUGAUAAA